AUGACCGAGGCGAGCGCGUUCGACGCCGCGAUGACGUCGUCGCCCACGGCGGAUAACGCGCACAGCGGUCGAUCCCCCGCGUCGUCAUCGCGCCGCCGCUCGCGCUGGACGGGCGCCUCACUCGGCAUCCCGGCACUCGUCGCGUCGUUGGCCAUUUCGCCGCCGACAGUCUUUGCGUCUGCGACGUCGCAAUCGUGGUAUGAAGUCAACACAGGAUUUGUUUGCAGUGGCAGGAACGAGCUCGGCAGUUUUUCCCUUUCACUUGCGGACUGCGCGGCUCGGUGCGAUGCGGAACCGACGUGUAUCUCAUUCGAAUUCAACUCGGCGAACCCGGACUCGGACUGGACGUCGUCGACUGCGCAUUCGUGUCAAUUGUCGGAGACGUGCACAAUGAGCCUCGCGGCCACAGUGUCGGGCUGGUCCCUGCUCGUGAAGCUGUCGUGCGACGCUUCCGCACCCAUCACCAACGGCGACGUCGGCAACUGCACAUCGGUCCUCCUUUUCGGGGAGUCGUGCACACCGACGUGCGACACCGGUUAUUUUCUCGUGGGUGAGCGUUCAUGCGUUGACGGCACCACGGUUGACACGGCGGCGUGCGUCAUCCCACCGCCACCUUCCCCACCGCCGCCACCUUCCCCACCUUCCCCACCGCCACCGCCGGCGCCUCCCCCACCGUUGCUCAGGCUCCAUCUCGUCGCUGACGACAUGAACGCCACGUCGCACACCCAGAACCUGGUCUGGCGCGAUCGGUCCAGCUUCGGCAACGACCUCACGACCCACCUCGCGGCGCCCGAGGUGAUCGAGGACGCGUUCAACGGGCACAAAGCUCUCCGCUUCGGGUUCUCCGACUUGUUCCAGGACGGCGUCGAAGGUUUCAGCUGCAUGCGACUGGACCCCGUCUCGAGUGAUAACCUGCUGACGUACGGCAGCGUGUCGCACUGGUCGUUCCCGGGCGUCACCGUGUUCGCGGUGAUUGAGCCGCGAGACGUGCCUUGGGGCGGCGACGGCGACCCGCUCGACUUCGUGUUCGACUUUGGCGAGUUUCCCACGCGGGGGUUCGGGCUCGCGUGGCACGAGAGCGAGCGGACGCUCUACACGCCGACUGAUCACGGCGGCGAGGUCCGCCGGAGCGCCGAGCUGCGUGAGAACAAGAAGUACGUGGUGGCGAUCCAGUACACGUUCGGUCAGGACGGGCACGUGCGCGCGUUGACGCAGUUUGCCACGAGGCACGGUCGCGCGGACCUGAUCGAUCCAACAGACUCCAGCGGCGCGGCGCAGGCGUUCUCCGUCCACGGGUUCACCCCUGAAACCGUCGCGCACGAACAGAGUCCGUUCUCGGUCGGGUGCAUGUCCAAGGAGAACACGGCAUCGGGCGCGAAAGGUAAGCGGGUGUUCCGCGGUGACAUCGCGGAGCUCAGGCUUUACGCCGGCUUGCUUUCGCUCGACGAGGUGUUCGCCAUUCGAGAUGAGCUGGUCGACACGUACGUGCCCGAAUGCGAGCGAGGGUGUUCAACCCUGACCCGCCGCGGGCUCAACCAGGUGGACCGCUACGACGAGCCCGCGGUGAAAGCGCCGGUCUCGGAGGAGUACAAGUGCAUCGCCGACGGCGAGUGCAUAUCGGCGCGGUUCAUACGGCUCUACAAGACCCAAUCGGCGUCGGACCCCACCAUCCACCUUCUUGAAUUGGCCGUGUGGACCAGCGCAUUUCCAGACAUCAACCUCGCCGCUGGAAAGGACGUGACGUGCUCACCCGCGUGUCAUAGUCUAUCCGGGUCACGUCUUGUAGAUGGAGAGACGAAUACGGGGACUGCUCACACCUGUUCUGAAGGUAAUGAUGCUUCUCGAGGGGGGCUCGCGGAGGGUGCAUGUGCCAAUGACGUUUCCAGGUGGAUGGAGAUCGACCUCGGUCAGGAGUACCUGAUUGACGGCAUACUCAUCGUGAAUAGGCCAGAUCAAUAUCGAAUCCGGAUCCAGGACGUGAAGGUUGACUUCAAGGACGCCGACGGGAAUGUCGUGCUGACCACGGCGGCGAUCACUUCUGACGAAAGCUCAGAGGACGGAUACGUGAUGGAUCUGACUAAGACGAGCCUCCAGUCGAACGUUGAGUUCGACGCGUGGAAGUACAUCCCCCAGGGUGGGAUCAUCCAGGCAGCGGACUUUGACUGGACGCUGUACAGGAGAUGGUGCGCCGUCGACGAGUACUGGGACGGCGCCGCGUGCAGAGACUGCCCGGUUGCGACGACGAGUCGAGGAGGCGACGUCACGAUGUGCUGCGCCGCAGAUGAGUUCUUGAACGGGCAGGCGUGCGGGGCGUGCCCCACCGGCUCGACUGGCAUGCAAUACGUCAUGUGCACGUGUGCCACUGAUGAGUUCUGGAACGGUACCGCCUGCCAGACGUGCCCCACCGGCUCGUUCAGCCCGGGAGGCGCCGCGACAUCAACAUCGUGUACGUCCUGCGAAGCCAACGAGUUUUGGAACGGGCAGGCGUGCGGGGCGUGCCCCACCGGCUCGACUGGCAUACAAUACGUCAUGUGCACGUGUGCCACUGAUGAGUUCUGGAACGAGCAGACGCAGGCGUGCCAGACGUGCCCCACCAACGAGUUCAGUGAGGGAGGCGCCGCGACGACAACAACGUGCAUGACUUGCCCCGCAGGGCAGUACCGCAACAGCGACGCAGGAUGCGGGGCGUGCCCGACGAACUCCGUCGGUGCCGGUGGAUCCGCGACUUCGUGCACAUGCAACGAUAACUAUCGCGCCUAUUGGUCUGGUAGCGCGUGGUCUUGCUUGGCCUGCGCUGCUCCGUACGAAAAGUCCGGAUCAGUGGUGCCACAGUCCACACUGUCGAGCGACUUCUGCGAAGAUCCUCCGCCUUGUCAGCGCGAACUGAAGGUGGAGCGCGUUGGUGGUGAUCCUGAUUGGGGCGCCCCUUUUUACUUUAAGUGCGGCGCGGUGGAGGUCUACGCAGGAAGAUCCCAUUCCAGGACCAAGCUCGUCAUCCCGCCCAACACUAUAGCGUGGGGAUCGUGUCCGACGGCCAGUUUCAAAUGGAGCGCACCGGGGAAUUCCGGCUUUCGCUAUGCAAAUACCGCAGAUACCUACGAUGACGUGUUCAAAGUCACGGAGACGAACAACUGCGGAUGCAGAAGGACAGUACGAAUCACGCGCACGGACGCCUCAACGGGUUGGGGUCAUCACAUGUCCGUCAGGUGCGCCAAUACAGGUGGUGCUAACCCUGUGGAGGUGAUCGUCGGCAAUUCCGACUCCAAUACCAAGGAUGUCGUCCUGUUUUCGCCGUACAACGGUGAAUGCCCCUCCACAUUCACUCUGGGUUCCGACAGCUUCCGGUUGGACUUGCUGUCUACUACUUGCCACAGCGGGAAUCGAGUUUACGACGGUGCUUCUUUCGAACAAUGGAUACACGACCCUGCAACAGAUCAGGUGGCGAAUGUCCAGAUCUCCGCCCCCUCUCCGAAUUUCGGUGGGGGAUUCGGGUAG